CACACCAUGUCGUCCCACGUCCAGGAAGAUGAGCUCGCCAUGAGCAGCGAUGAGUUGCUCCAAGCUCAGCUCGAGCUCUACCACCACUCCUUCGUCUAUGUCAAGUCCAUGGCGCUCGGUGCCGCCACCGAUCUGCGCAUCGCCGACGCCGUCCACCUUAGGGGAGGUGCUGCCACCUUGUCUGAUCUUGCCGCUGAUACAGGGAUCCACCCAACGAAGCUCUCCCACCUCCGGCGGCUCAUGCGCGUGCUCACCACCUCGGGCAUCUUCUCCGCCGACGUCAAGGCUAGCGGCGACACCGUGUACAAGCUCACCCGGGUCUCUCGCCUCCUUGUUGGUGCUGGCGGCGAGAGCUCGCGCCGCCGUGACCUGUCUCCGAUGGUGGGCGUUUUUGUCAACCCGAUCGCCAUCACUGCUCUCUUUAGCAUACGCGAGUGGUUCACCGACGAAAAGAGUGAUCCGCAAUAGGAAACGGUGUCCAAGGAGGCGGAGGUCUUGUUCGAUGUCUUCAUAAUGCACAUCGACGGGAUCCAGCGAGAGGAGCAUGAGUGGAGGAAGAUUUUCUUGGAAGCUGGGUUCAGUGACUACAAGAUUACACCCGUGACAGGAAUUCGCUCAAUUAUUGAAGUCUACCCUUAAAUAUAAAUCUUCAUACUUCAUGUUAUGGAUUUGGCUGCAUUGUUGUAUGUAAGUGGUACCUUUAUAAUCUUAUCACUAUCACUUAAGUAAAAUGAGUGCUAGCUUGACCAA